AUGUCCUCUCCUGGGCUUGAUAUUUCCCAGCUCUCUGACAGCCAGAGGGAGGCGCUGGAAACCUAUACUACGGUGACAGGCCAGGAACCCGUUGAAGCUAUUGCUUUGCUGGGCCGGUCACAAUGGAAUGUGCAGAUUGCGAUUGCGAAAUUCUUUGACGGCGAAGGGCCAGACCCUGUAGAGGAGGCCCGCGCUGCACUCGAUACUGCUCCAGCGCGACCAGCCCGUCAGACCCAGAACCUCAUGAAUGAGGAUCUCGCUGCACAAUUUUCUCGAGCCUCUCCUGCCGUCGAACCGGCUCCUCGAAUCACCACGCAACCCGGGGACCCGCCUAUCUAUCGUCCUCCCUUUCUCCUUGCUCUCGUCUUCACCCCGUUCAAUCUUCUCUACCGCUUGCUUUACAACUCGUUCCGUCUAUUUGGCGCUCUGUUUCCUUUUCUUCCUAGAUUACUCAACACAACAACAAACCCGGCCCUGCAUGGUACCCCACGAAAUACCAAUGGGCGUCGGCCCCUGGCCCCAAAGGACACAGCGGCGAGAUUCAUCCGGGAAUUCGAGGAGGAAUACGGGACGCACUCGCUGGGGUUCAUGGAGAAUGGAUACAACAUGGCGUUGGAAAAGGCACAUCGGGAUAUGAAAUUCCUACUGGUGGUUCUGCUUGCGCCUGAGCAUGACGAUACGGAUAGCUGGGUUAAAGAGACGCUUUUGUCGAGAGAGGUCACCGGCUUUGUCAAUGACGCGCAAAACAACCUUGUCGUCUGGGGAGGAAACGUACAGGACUCGGAGGCCUUCCAGGUCUCCAAUUCUAUCCGAUGCACCAAGUUUCCGUUUGCCGCUCUGAUCGUCCACACCCCGAACGUCUCCUCGACGGCAAUGUCGGUCAUCGCAAGGAUCUCCGGGACGACCUCGGCGGCAGAAUUGGUGGAGAAGCUCCGAUCCGCGAUUUCGCAGAACCGGGAGCCUCUCGAGCGUCUCCGGGCCACGCGCGCGGAGCAGCAGGCUUCCCGCAGUCUCCGCGAGCAACAAGACUCGGCCUACGAGCGCUCCCUAGCCAUCGACCGGGAACGUGCCCGACAGAGGCGAGAGGCCGAAGCCGCGCGGCAACGGGAAGAACAGCUUGCUGCGGACCGCCAAGCCGCGGAGGAGAAGCGGGCGCGGGAUCUGGCGCAGUGGAAGCAAUGGCGAGCGCAGUCUCUCCCGGACGAACCCAGCGCCGAUGUCAAGGAGGCCGUCCGUAUUAGCCUCCGGCUCCUCUCGGGCGAGCGUGUGGUCCGUCGGUUCUCUCCGGCGGCGGACAUGGAAGAACUGUACGCCUUCGUGGAGUGCUACGAAGUCCUGAAGGAAAGCGAGGCAUCGGAAAAGGCUACGACUAUCGAGGAACCCGAGGGAUUCCAGCACGAAUACGGCUUCCGACUUGUUUCUCCUAUGCCCCGAAUGGUCUACAAGGUGAAUGCUGGGGGAUCUAUUCAAGAGAAGGUGGGCCGGGGGGGGAAUCUUCUGGUCGAACCGAUUGAUGAGGAGAGUGACGAGGAAGAAGCGUCGUAG